UAUCCGGGGGCCUGUUCAGAGUGGAAGUGGGAGUGUCUCCCUCUCUGCCGGCAACACGCCGGAGGGAGACCCACAGUGCCACACAGCCGCGCACUGCAGCGGAGAGCGAGCGAGCGAUCGGGACGCGGACGCCGCCGGGGACCAUGUCACGCAGCGGGGGACGCCCGAACCAGCGGCGCCGCGCGGCCCACGCGCGCCCGCCGCCGCCGCGGUAGCUCAGCGGACACGCGCCGCUUACGCUCUGCGGAAACCUCCCCUGCCGCCGCCGCCGCUGACUCCGCUCCAUCCGCGUCCCCACCUCCUCCUCCUCACUCUGCCCCCCCCCCCCCCACCCCACCAACCUCCUCCUCCACCACCGCCCCCGCCCGCUCCGGCUCUUCUCACGUCCCGUCGCCAGGAUGGACAAGUCGCUCUGCAGCCCCGCAUCCCGUGGACAGCGCGGCCAACUCUUCCCCGUCGGACCGCGGGAGCUCGUCAUCGACGAGGAAGCCCGGCAGGAGCGGGUCGCACAGCCCGGGCUCCGGCUCCCUCGGCGGCCCGGGAGGAGGAGGAGGAGGAAGCAGCCGGGGAGCUGUGCUGGGGAACAGCAUGAAUCUACAGCAGCCGCGCAAACGGCAACUGGAAGGAGUGCUGAGCAAAUACACCAACCUGAUCCAGGGCUGGCAGAACAGGUACUUCGUGUUGGAUCCAGAGGUGGGACAGCUGCAGUACUUUGUCAAUGAUCAGGGGAGGAGCCAGAAGCCCCGCGGGUCGCUGCCCCUGAUCGGCGCCUCCGUGACCACGAGUGACGAGGCUCCGCACAUGUUCGUCGUAAACUCUGUCAAUGGAGAGCUGUACAAACUCCGAGCCUCCGACGCCAAGGAGCAGCAGUUUUGGAUCACUCAGCUCCAAGCAUGUGCCAGACGUCACUCUGACAGCAGUGCCAAGGUGAGGAAGCUAAAGGGCUCUGAUGAACACCUGAGCGUGGAGAGAGCAGCAGGAGGCCACGAGCUGCUGGGCUCCUCAUCCUCUGGUCGGACCCGUAGCUUCUCCCUCCUCCCCCACCUAACCCCAUCUUCAUCCCCGGGUCCUCAGAGGAACCUGAGCCACGUGGCCUCACCCAGCAACAUCGUCACCAUCACCCACCACAAAUCUCCGGCUGCGGCUCGGCGGGCCAAGAAUCUGUACCCGGGACGGCUGCUGGAGGUCAAAGAGGUGAUGUCCCAAGCAGAGGGCCAGCAGAAGAACCUGGUCCAGUCCAUUGACUCUCUGCCCACCAGAGGCCCUCUCUCCUGUCUGGACCAGGACCUGCUGCUGCUCAAAGCCACGUCGGCCGCCACCCUCAGCUGCCUGGGGGAGUGCCUGAACAUCCUCCAGAGGACCCAGAGCCACGGCCAAGGACCGCCCCAGUCCCACGCCUCCCAGUGCAACAACGCUGCCCACGGAGCCCCCUCUGAUGGUGUUCCUGUGUGGACUGUACCAAAGUCGCCCUCGGGGGAGCAGUUGAAGAACGGAGUUCUGACUCCUCUGCGAUCGGCCGAGCCUUCGCCGGACUUCAGGAGAAGGAGUCUGUCCCAUGGUGCUGAGCACCUCCCGGGGCUGGAGGACAUCGACCCCACGGAGGAGGUGACGGACACGGAGGACAACGACGAGGAGGACCUGGGUGUCCUGGACGACCAGCGGAGCGUCAUUCUCCACCUGCUCUCCCAGCUCAAACUGGGCAUGGACCUCACGCGGGUGGUUCUGCCAACCUUCAUUUUGGAAAAGCGAUCACUGCUGGAGAUGUACGCCAACUUCAUGGCCCACCCGGACAUGUUCCUGUCAAUCACAGCGGGGGCCACCGCCGAGGACCGGAUAGUGCGCUUUGUCGAGUACUACCUGACCGCCUUCCACGAGGGGCGCAAAGGCGCCGUGGCCAAGAAGCCCUACAACCCCGUGCUGGGGGAGACCUUCCACUGCUCCUGGGAAGUGCCUCGGGACAAGGUCAGACCGCCGGUCCGGUCCGGCCAGGGCUCCUCCGGCAACGCGCAGCAGGCCGAGGAUUCGCCCGCAGAAUGCUACCGAGUUCGCUUCGUGGCCGAGCAGGUGUCCCAUCACCCGCCGGUGUCGGGGUUUUACUGCGAGUGCCGGGAGAAGAACAUGUGCGUCAGCGCCCACGUGUGGACCAAGAGCAAGUUCAUGGGGAUGUCCAUCGGAGUGUCCAUGGUGGGAGAAGGGGUGCUGUGCCUCUUGGAGCACGAUGAGGAGUACGUCUUCACGUUGCCGUGUGCCUACGCUCGCUCCAUCCUCACUGUGCCCUGGGUGGAGCUGGGAGGCAAAGUCUCCAUCAACUGCGUCAAGAGCGGCUACUCCGCCACCGUCACUUUCCAAACGAAACCUUUCUACGGAGGGAAGGUGCACAGAGUGACUGCAGAGGUCAAACACAAUCCGACCAACACCAUCGUGUGCAAAGCCCAGGGCGAGUGGAACGGCACGCUGGAGUUCACGUACAGCAGCGGGGAGACCAAAGUGAUCGACACGGCCAAACUCCCCGUCACCCGCAAGGAACUGCGGCCUGUAGAGAAACAGGGGCGGACAGAAUCCAGGCGGUUGUGGCAACAUGUCACCAAGUCGCUGAAGGAAGGGAACAUGGACGAGGCCACGGAGAACAAACACCGGCUGGAGGAGCGACAGAGAGGGGAGGAGAGACAGAGAGCGGCCGACAACCAACCCUGGACUCCUAAAUACUUCACCAAGGAGGGAGACAGUUGGAUCUACAGCAGCCCGCUGUGGAAGUCCACCUGACAGCGGAACAACACCUGAGGUCCGACUCACGAGAGACAAUAUGGAGACGCCCAGAGGAAACAAUCAAGGUGCCAAAGCCAUCUCCACUGUUAGAACCAGAGCUCCAGGGACAAAAGUAGAUUUUUGUACACAGUUAAUAGUAUAUCUAUUCAAAGUAGAGUAUUUCUAUUUUUCACCUUGCCAAGGCCUUUGCACACGCACAGUAAUGCAGUUUUUUUAUAAUAGAUGUGUUGUUUCAAGCUUUUAGUUUGAUUCCCUAAUGCUACUGUAGCUGUAACGAGUGGUUUAUGAAGCACUUUUACCAAUGAAGUUAGGUCUCUAAAAACACAUAAUCAAGUUAAGCAAAUGUAUUUCAUUGUUUGUAUAUUAAUACGAUUAUUCAGUACAGUAAUUAUUAGAAAGUAAUACUGAUUGUUUUGUCUGCACUAUGAAUGUAUCUGGGCACAUUAAUAUUCUACUUUUCCGUCUCGUUACCUUCAUUUGCCACGUCGCUCCAUUUUAAAGCAUUACUCCCAUCGAGUGAGACGCCGUCCAUUACUACCUCUUAUUCAGCUGCUCACUGGUUUGCUUGUACCAAAAUUAUCUUCUUUUGUAUCCGAGCCUCUAAGAUGGUGCAAUUAGGCAGCCGAUGACGAGGCCUGCAGAAACAAUCAUGUUCCCAUCCAACAACAAACACUGGGAACUGGUCGAGGUUCCAAAGUAAAGCAGCAGACUAAUUGACAGUAUAUCCAACUCACAUCUCUUGGAGGACUUUUUUACAGCCUUAUGUAAUCCUCCGUAGUAUUUAGAAACCAGAUGCCCCUUUGUAGCGUUUGUCCUGCUAGAGUAGCAAACCUGCACCGGUUUGCUACUCUCCUCACAUGAAAGUAACCUCUUAUAAAUGAGGAGAGUAGCAAACCUGCACCGGUUUGGUACUCUCCUUACAAAUGAGGAAUCCAGAGUACUGGUGGAUUAAUAAAGACCCUUUCUUUAAGUC